AUUAUUGUUUUUUUAAUCAACGUUUCUUCAUUUGUUGUCAUAUAAACUCGAUUCAAAUCAUCUUCAAUGUCACCUCCCAAAAAAGUACUUUUUCAAAAGUUGGAUUAUAUGAUUAAUAUUUUUGUCUUAAUUUCUUUCUUUUCUUAAGUUGGAUAUCUUGAUUUAUCUAGAUAUUUACUAUUGUAUUUUUAAAAUAUUCAACUUCCAUUUUAAUUUUAUUAUUAAAGUUUAGAAAGAAUUGAUAAUUUAAUUUGAUUAUUUUACCGUGCUUAAAUGUUUUGUAUUUAAUCUGAUAAUCUAGCUCUCUAUUCAAGUCAUUUAUUUUAGAACAUAUUAAUUUUAAUUAGUAAAUAAUAAUAGUUUUAAAACUGGAAAUAACUUUUGGAUCCGUCCAAAAUCGUUAUUUAUUUCUCUGUACAGAAUUGUUAUAAAUGUUUAGUUAGCCUAAAUUAAUAUUAUCACUAUUUACUUGCAAGGAUAUCAAAUUGAUAAUUUGACAGCACUAUCAAUAAAUCGAUAUUGGACACUAUCAUUAAGAAAUGUUAAUAGCGGUGUAUAUUGGGUGAUUUGUAUUAACCAUGGUUUAGAUUUUUUAUUUAAGGAAUGUGUGUUAGUAUUUUGUGUUGAUGUGUUUUGCUGAACCACGAAAUUUUACCGUGUUUCAUUCGAGUAGCUUAUUUCUAAAGUAAAUUCUAAUAGAUUUUUUAAAAAAUUUAAAUAAGUAUUGAUUCCUAAGUAAAAACAGUGAAUCCGAUGAUGCAAUUUUUUUCCAGCAAUAAAUCGAAAUAUUAAAAAAAAAAUUGUGUAAAAAAUAGUUUAUUCCCAAAACCGUUUUUUUUUUUGGUGGAAUUUUAUGAUACUUGCAUUUAUUAAACAUUCUUUAAAAAUAAAGCUUUUUUGAUCGAUUUAUGCAAAUGUAAAUUAAAUAUACGUAUAUUUUUUUUACUGUGAAUAUUGCUUUUGAUGUUAUAAUUAGAAUGGGAAAUAUAGUUUUUCUCGUUUCCUCAAAAAUUGUUGACAAUCAAUAAGAAUUACUGCGGAAAUAAACGACUCUAUUAAUAUAUUUUCAAUUUAUAUCAAGCAUGUGAAUAUUUUUAAUAGAUCGGUGUUUAUUUAUUUAAACCUUCUAAUUCCAGCUCAAUAAAAUAAAAGUCUUGUAACUUAUGGCCACUCAUUUACUUAAAUAUUUAAGUAUGCUUUUGAUAAUGUCAAAGAUUUCUCAAUAUUCCAGAUAAAAGAUUAACAAAAUUUCAAUUAUUCUUUAACGAUAAUAUAGUUCUUUCCUGUUUAAAAAUUUGUUUUGAUGGAUUUAAAAGAUUAUAAAGGUAUUAUCGAUCUUAUAUUUUUUUUAUUGUAUAUAUUUUCUUUGUUUUGAUUCACUUUAGGAACCUGUGCUCGUAUUUAAAUAUUUAAAAAAAAUUGUGUAAAAAUUAGUUUAUUCCCAAAACCGUUUUUUUUUUUUUUUUGGUGGAAUUUUAUGAUACUUGCAUUUAUUAAACAUCCUUUAAAAAUAUAGCUUUUUUGAUCGAUUUAUGCAAAUGUACAUUAAAUAUACAUUUUUUUUUUCUGUACCAUUUUUAUAUAUACAAAACGUUAGUAUUUUAUUUUACAACUUUAAUAACUAUUUUCUUCCCGAAUUAUACAGUAUUUUUAUCAAUACCGCAAAACAAACACCAAUCAACCUUUGUUUUGUUCAAACAAGGGUCUUGAAGUUUAUUUCUUCCUUAAAAGGUUUUUCCUUUUUCAGAAUCCUUCGAUGCUUUUUAUUACUUCUGGAAUAAUCAGUGAUUUUCGGAAAGAUGUCUUCAAAUUAACAAUUUCUUAAUUUUUUUUUAAAUAUUGGUUUUUUUAUUAUAAUUGGAAUAGAAAAUAUAGUUUUUCGCGUUUCCUCAAAAAUUGUUGUCAAUCAAUAAGAAUUACUUCGGAAAUAAACGACUCUAUUAAUAAAUUUUUAAUAUAAUCACUAGUUACUUGCAAGAAAUGUCGAUAAUUCGAUAGCACUAUAAAUAAAUUCGAUUAUUGUGCGAUUUUUCGGUUAAGAUUUUUUUUUUUAUGAAUAUCAGAAUAUUAGUAUUUUGUGUUGAUGUAUUUUGCUGUAUAACUAAGCUUUGCUCUGUAUGUUCCAAUAUGUCUUAUUGGUAUUAUAAGAGAGUCUUGAUUCGGUAGUCGAGUUAAGAUUUGUAGCUCAGAAGAUGUGAUAGUUAAUUUUAUCGUCUUGUCAGUUCUUGUCUUUUUUAAUUUUCUAUGAAUUUUCCAAAAAGUCUUAUGUCAAAUAAUGAUAUCUCCAAAGAGAAGUUAACGUGAUAUUCUGCCGAAGUUUACUUUAAACACGUUACAAAUUUUUUCUCUUAAAUAUAUUUAAAUUUAACUAUCAGUAAUACCUCCGCUGAUAAAGAAUGAGCUUCAACUGUAAUAAUUUAAAUGAAAUACUUACAUCUUAAAUUGAAGUGCUUGAUGACGUGUAAGAAAUACGUUCUUGUCUUUAGGAUUUGUGAAUAUUAUUUUUUUUUUCUUUUGUAAUCUUUACUUAUAUUGUUUUUCUCAAUAUGAUUUUCAAACCAAAACUUCUUCUCUGAUUAUUCUGUCAGAUUUUUCUCAUUAAUCAUUCCAUUUUAACUUUUUUGUUUUUUAAACACUCUAAUUAAUUGAGGUUACUUUAUAAAAGUUUUCUUUUGAAGAUGUUCUGUUAACUUCUAUCGGCUCUAUAAUAGCAAGUCCGCCAUCAGUUAAUCUAUGGACUGAAGCAAAACAAUAAAACAAACCCCUCCCCCUCACAUUAUAAAUUAAUUUAUUAUAUUUUUAUCAAUAACGCUAACAUUUUAUGGAAACUUAAUUUAUUAGUUUAUUUUGUUACUUAAAAUAAAAUCCUGUUUACGAAAUUACUUAAUAAUGAUUGUAUAAUUACUUAAGUGUUCAUAAUAACAUGUUUAGUACUCGAGUCGUAUUUCAUUCAUAAAAUUAUUUUUCUCUUCUAUUUGGCAAAAGUUUGAAUAAUUGAAUCAAAAUUCACUCUAUAUUAGUCAUUAAGUUACAUUUCAAUAUCGCUAAAAAUUUAAAUGGAUCUUCCCUUUGUAAAAUCCGAAAAUUUUGUCUCUGUUGUAACUAUAUUUGAUAUUUAUAAAAAGGGGUUUUACUGCACUAUUUUUUUAUCAGUAAAUACGAAUGAAAUUAAUUUUUCCAAUCGUUUAUAUAAGUUAAUCUUCAUCAGAAAUGUAAUGACUUUUUGCAAUAAGCUGAAUAAAUAUAAUUUUUUUUUUAAUAUAUUGUUUAAAAAUUAAUUUACUAAUGAAAUACGAUCGGUAUCACAAAAAAAAUAAAUAAAUAUAUAGUAGAUAUACAUGCUAAUAAUAAUAAUAAUAAUAACCUUAAAUUUUCUUCUCUCAAUAGCCAUGAGACAUCCACAUAAACAUUAUUUGAUUAAAACAAACAAUUCCUUGAAUUUGUAAUUAAUGCGAAGUAAUUACGUCAUUGGUUUUUCCUAAAAGAAAGUUGUUAUCUAGAAAUAACCAUGGCUGUCUAGAUAGCUCCUGUUAUGUACGAUAUAAAUCGAUCUUCAAAGACAAUUUUAUAAUUACGGAUGAUUAUUUCAUCAUUCAAUCUGUAAUUUUAAAUAUCAAUAAUUAAUUCCUAGUAUUAUGGAGACAGCUGGCUAUAAAACCAUUUAAAAUAUGAGAUCCUUCUGUUCUAUUUCGACUCCAAUAUUUACCUUUCCAUAAAAACGUAAUGGCUGACUCAGUGUAAUAUUUUCUUAUGUAGCAGAUUUUCCCUUGGGAUAUUAAUUCCCCUCAAUUUUUUUAGGUACAUGACACCUAAAGAAUCCACCAAGAUGAAAGACCACCACAUUAAACACAGGCACCGCCAAGAUUCUGAUGAACACGUUCACAAGAAAUGUCGUAGGAAAGGAGAAAAAUCCAUGGAAGACAGUCGUGAUCAUCAUAGCAGAAAAAAUGACCAUAAUGAGCGCAGGAGAGGUCAUGAACAUUCUGAAAAAUCAAGUGUCAAACGCAAAGAAAUUAACCAAGAACCACUUGAUGAAAAUAUUACCCGCAAAAAGCAUAAUUCACUAGUGUCAUAUCAUGAUGAUUCAUGGUCCAAGAUCACUCAAAUCUCACUCUGCAUGAAGUGCUUGACAAUCCCUCCUGAUAACUACAAUGUUUACAUUAGGUCUGCUACUCACCCUCAAAAUGUACCUAAGUCAAAAUGGGAAAAUGAUGAAAACGAUAGUCGAGGAAGUGAUUGGAGAGGAGAAGAAAAGUGGGGAAAAGUUGAGGACAAAAAAGAAAAAAAACCAUUGGAGAAUAAAGCUAAACCAGACUUUGGUCUUUCCGGAAAACUGGCCGAGGAAAUGUUGUUAAAAAACGUCGUCCGUUAUGUGAAAGGUUGGACAGUGAGAAUCCUGAAAAAAGAAAAAUCCUCAAUAAACUAUUUCAGAAGAAAAGUAAAGAACGAGGAUAUGUUCAAAUUUCAGGACGUCGGUCCAUUAAAAAUAACUAAAAUUGAUUUAAUUUUCUAUUCCAUUAAAGGUGUCGUGAUCAAAUAUUCCGAACCACCUGAGGCUAGGAAGCCGAAGAGAAGAUGGCGGCUCUACCCGUUUAAGGGUGACAAAAGCCUGCCGACGCUGUACAUCCAUCGCCAGAGUGCUUACCUCAUAGGAAGGGACAGGAUCGUCGCUGACCUCCCGAUAGACCAUCCCUCCUGUUCUAAGCAGCACGCUGUCUUGCAGUACAGAGUCGUCCCCUACGGUAACAGAGUAAGACCCUACAUAAUCGAUCUAGAAUCCGCCAACGGAACCUAUGUCAAUAACCAGAAGAUAGAAACCCGAAAAUACGUCGAGCUCCUGGAGAAGGAUGUUAUAAAGUUUGCCUACAGUUCCAGAGAAUACGUACUUCUCCAUGAACACAGCAAAGCAGAUGUUGAAGACGACAACGUCGACAUCCUCAACGAUGACAAUAACGAAGAUUAGUUAUUAAAAAUGUUUUCGUUUAUAUAUCUUCGCGUACUGAGUAGGCAAACAAUGUACAAAUAUAUAAGUUCACUUAAUUUUUUUUCUCAGGAACUAUGUCGUGUUGUCGACUUGAUAUCGAGUUUAAGUUAGCCAUUCGAUUAUCUUACCAAGUUUUUAGAUUAACUGAAGUGAACAUAUAUAAUUUUAUUAUUAUAUAUCUAAAUAUAUUUUAAAUUUAUUCUUUUAUUAUGACGAAAUAUAUCUUAAAUCGAUGGAUUUAUGGAACCAGAGUUGUUAAGAUUUGUUCAGUGGGGAGAAAGAAAAUUUUACUUAAAUUUUAGUUUAUUUAGUUAAUGUCUUUGGUUAUGGAUAUUUUUUAUACGUUUGUUGCCAUAACCCUGUAUAUUGAGAUGAAUUUUGUGCGCACUGUAGGCAAUAACGAGAAACUACAAUGUAUAUUACAAUAUUCUUUUGUUUGUUUUUUUUAAUUUUCAAUUCAAUGUUGUACAAUUUUUGAUUUUGAUGGAAUACUUUUAUUAUGCAUUUUUUAUUUAUUGUAUAAAAUUAAUGUUUGAUUUAAUAAAAAUUGUUUUUUAAAAUAA